UAGUAAAUAGACACAUCCUCUUUUGUAACCCUACGCAGUGCAGACUACGAGACAUAGGAAGUCAUUUGGGAUGCGGCCUGUGGCAUUUGUUAAAGCACGUCUUCUUUAAAACAACCGACGCCUGAGAAUAAAUUCUAAAAACUUUCAGCUAGUUUCAUAGCUCAGUAAGACCUACAAGUGUUUCGCAACCACACACACACACACACACACACACUCACACACACACACACACACACACUCAGAGCUAUGAGCAUUUUCGGCUUUGGCCAAAGCGCAGACAUCGACAUAGUGCUGAAAGACUCUGAGACGAGGAAAAAAGCCGAGCACAAGAGCGAAGAUGGCAGAAAGGAGAAGUAUUUCCUUUUCUAUGACGGAGAGACUGUGAGCGGUCAAGUCAACAUCACGCUGAAAAACCCGGGCAAGAAACUCGAGCACUAUGGCAUCAAGAUCGAGUUCCUCGGGCAGAUCGAGCUGUAUUAUGACAAAGGGAACCACCAUGACUUUGUUUCCCUGGUUAAAGAUCUGGCUCGACCUGGAGAACUUUCCAGCUCCCAGUCUUUCGACUUCGAGUUUUCUCAUGUGGAGAAACCAUACGAGUCAUACACAGGCCAGAACGUGAAACUAAGAUACUUCCUUCGUGCGACGAUAAGCCGCAGACUGAACAACAUCACCAAGGAAAUGGACAUCGUCGUGCACACGCUGUGCACGUAUCCCGAGUUAAACUCCUCUAUCAAGAUGGAGGUUGGCAUUGAAGACUGUCUGCAUAUUGAGUUCGAGUACAACAAAUCCAAAUAUCACUUGAAAGACGUGAUUGUGGGGAAGAUCUACUUCCUUCUUGUGAGGAUAAAAAUAAAGCACAUGGAGAUCGAUAUAAUCAAGCGAGAGACGACGGGAACGGGACCCAGCGUGUAUCAUGAAAACGAAACCAUUGCCAAGUACGAGAUUAUGGAUGGAGCACCAGUGAGAGGCGAAUCGAUCCCCAUCCGGUUAUUUCUCGCCGGCUACGAGCUGACUCCCACCAUGAGAGACGUCAAUAAGAAGUACUCUGUGCGAUAUUAUCUGAACCUGGUCCUGAUAGACGAGGAGGAGAGACGCUACUUCAAACAGCAGGAAAUCACACUGUGGAGAAAAGGAGAUAUCGUCAAGAGGAGUAUGUCCCAACAGGCCACCAUAGCUGCUCAGAGAUUUGAGGGAUCGAAACCUGGUGCUGUGGUUAAUGAAAAUGUUCAAUGAAAUGUUAGUUGUUUAUAGAUGAAUUCUAUUUCCUGUACGCUCAGCAGCACAGGAGUUUGGGAUCGACGGGAAAGCAAAUCAUUCACGAAUAUCAUCCAGGUGCUCAAUUUUUACACAUACACAUGUUGAGUUGUUGAGAUUUCCUUCGAAAUUAUAAAUAAGAAGGAGAAAAUCUACGUACAAAAACUUUCUAUUUAAAAAUACCCAAACAUUCCUUAUACAUAUCUUUAUGAUCAAAUCAAUACUAAUUAUUUUAAUGUCAUGUUUAUGUUCUGGUAAAACGAGCCUCAAGUAAACACUGGGAGAUUUGUGUUCGGUGGGAAAGCUAUUCGCAGUAAGUUUAUUCGUAAUCGAUUUACACGUUGUUAUUCUGUAGUGUUGGAAUUAGGGGAAGAGGCUAUAAACUUCAGGUUAGGGGAAAAAUCCCUGAAUUCCUACACGGAAAUAUGAGACCGUCUACAGAAUUUUGAAUUCUCUGACAGUAGUGUUAAACUGUCUAGACCGAUGAUGGCUUUCAACACACCGUUCUAAGGAGUUAAAGUUUUACACACAGUUUUAAGGAGUUAAAUACUCAUCACAGGUAGCUUGCUAGGUUCCUGCUAACAAAUGUCCUGCACAGAACGUGAGAAAUGUUCCACCUUCCUACUCCUGGGUUCUGAGUUGAACGCAGCAUCACUGAAAGGAAACGCCACAUGACCGUUUUCAAAUCUAAUACUUUUGAUGGAGUUUCUUUUCUUUUCUCGUUUCUUUUUCUACUUCUGUGUAUAUGUAUGUGCCAAAAGUAUGUAUCUAGUCCAAAGAUAUCUGAUAUGGACCCUCUGUAUGGGUGUUUAGGAACAAUGGGUAAAUAAGGGUCAUAUUUCUGAUGGGUGUUUUAUUUCUUUAUCUUUCCAUUUUAGCAUCGCUCAGGUCAAGCAAGCUUUUUUGUAAUA